AUGCUCAGUGUCCUGGGUGAAGCUGAGGGGACUGGGAGCGGCAGUGGUAGUGUUGAAGUUGGUGAGUUGAGGGGAGUGGGAGCGGCAGCGGCAGUGGUUGAGGGGACUGGGAGCCACAGUGGUAGCUGUUGCAGUUGGUUGAGGGGACUGGGAGGGGAAGAUGAGUUGGGGGAGGGUCAAGAAGCCAGGUGA